AAAAUGGUAGAUGAUGUGAUUGUUAAUGCUAAUAAUGUUGAGAUGCCAAUGUCUCAUUCUGAGGAAGCUAGCGACGAAAACGCGCUGCCUAAAAAUGCUCUCCAUGGUGAGGAUGUUGAACAGCAACCUGUUUUAGAUGGAGAGCAGAAAGAGGCAACCCAUGCAUCAGGAGCAGUAAGGACCUCUGAGGAUGGUUAUAAUUGGAGGAAAUAUGGACAGAAACAGGUGAAAGGUAGUGAGUAUCCCAGGAGCUACUAUAAAUGUACUCAGCCUAAUUGUCAGGUCAAGAAAAAGGUGGAACGAUCCCAUGAUGGCCAAAUAACAGAAAUUAUUUACAAGGGUGCUCAUAACCAUUCAAAACCACAUCUUAGUCGUCGAGCAUCAGCACUUUCUACUGAUGAGAUGUCAGACAUGGUUGAAGCCAGUGAAACCUUUGCUAGAGUUGAAGGUGGGUCAGUUUGGAGAAAUAUUCAGUCAGGAUUUAAAGAUGCAAAACACAGUUUGGAUUGGAAAGCUGAUGGUCAGGAAAGGACACCCCCAACUUCUGUUGUGACUGAUCUUUCAGACCCUACAUCAACUAAGAAAGCUAAAUCUCUAUGUAUGUUUGAAUCGGAGGACACUCCAGAGCUUUCUUCUACACUUGCCAGUCAUGAUGGUGAUGAAGAUGGAGCCACUGAAGCACUCAUAUCACCUGAAGAUGAUGGUGAAGAUGAUGAAUCAGAGUCGAAAAGAAGGAAGAAAGAGAGCUACCCAGUUGAAUCAAAUUUGCCUUCCAGGGCUGUCCGUGAGCCAAGAGUGGUAGUCCAAAUUGAGAGUGAAGUGGACAUACUUGAUGAUGGUUAUCGCUGGCGUAAGUAUGGACAGAAGGUUGUCAAAGGAAAUCCAAAUCCUAGGAGCUACUACAAAUGCACAAGUGCUGGAUGUUCUGUAAGGAAGCACGUCGAAAGGGCUUCACACAAUCUAAAAUUUGUGGUCACUACUUAUGAGGGAAAACAUAAUCAUGAAGUGCCUACUGCUAGAACCAACAACCAGAUAAGCUCAAGUGAUGGUGGCUUACCUCCCACUGGUGCUAAUGGGCAAGUGGCUCUUACAUUACAAGGGAGUGCCAGUAUCCCAAAGCAUGGAACUCAUCAAACUCUUGCACCCCAUUUUGAUAGAAAACAUGAAUUCAGCAACGAGUUUCUCAGGCCUAGUUUGGUUGGAAGUUUCAGUAAUGAUAUGAAGUUUGGUCCUUCCUCCAUAUGCCAAAUGAAGUAUCCUUCCUUGAAUAACACCAUGCCUUAUGGUUCCUAUGGACUGAAUCCUGACCGUUGUGCUGCCCCUCAAGCUGGAUCUAUUGCUAUGUUCCCUGAUUUUCCAAUGCCACUACCAUUGAAUCUUCCCUCAUCUGGAAAUUUUUCUCUUGCUGGAAUUAACUUUAACUGUGUGAAACCAAUGGGUCCUGUCCAGUCUUUCCUUUCAGGGCAGCAGGUGAAGGAUAUUGAUGCAGGGUUCCUGAGGCCUAAACAGGAGCAGAAGGAUGACACUAUGUAUGGCUCAUGCAUACCCUCUCUUGAUCAUGCAAAUGCUUCACUCACUUCAUCCUCAGCAACACCAUCCAUUUAUCAACGUGUCAUGCAAAAUUUCCCUUCAUAA